UGAGCGGAGUAGAAGCAGACAGAGUUUUUAUCCUUCACACGUUGUUGUGAUUAGGUACCUGGUUAAUUCCUCACCUGUUCUCACCUGUGCAGUGCUGUUGGUGGUGUUUUGUCUGAGACAUGGAGUCCUGCAGGGUUCCUCACCAUGUCCUGCUUUUAUUCAUCCUGAUGUUCAUCACAGUAUCUGAAUCAGCUCUCACUGCUGUACGGGUGAAGUUUAAUCAGGCUGCUGAUCUGCCCUGUGAAUAUAAAUGUUCUGGUUUGGCCAAAUGGACACUGAUCAGUAAUGGAGAUGAUGUAGUGGCUGAGUGUGAUCAGACAUCCUGCAGGCCAUUAAUGGAGGGAUUUAAAAUGUUCCAUGAUCGGUACCUGAAGGGAAAUCUCACCCUCACCAUCACUGCAGCUGAUUUCAGUAAGAGGAACACGUACACGUGUUGGUGUGGUGACAGAGACGUUGCUAAUGUGCGUCUCAGUAUCGAGCCGUUGAUAUCAUCAGUUAAGAUAAAACCUGGUGAAGAUCUGAAGCUGGAUUUGUACGUGUCAGAGGGAGUGAAGGUGAUCUAUCAGGGUGAAGAUUCAGCAGAUCCACAGGGUGAAGAGAUCUGCAGAGUGGAUAAAAGUUCACUACACUGUACAGAUGAAUACAGACCGAGAACAUCACUCUCUAACACAGUUCUUACACUGAGAGAAGUAAAGUCCACUGAUCGUGGACUUUACAACGUCCGAGACACGGGGAAUAAUGAAAAUCUUGACACUUACGCAGUAUCAGUGAGAGAAUUUGUAUCAGCUUCCACUGAUGUACAGGGGAAGUUUAAUCAGGCUGCUGAUCUGCGCUGUGAAUAUAAAUGUUCUGGUUUGGCCAAAUGGACUCCGUUCAGUAACCGAGAUGAUGUAUUGGCUGAGUGUGAUCAGACAUCCUGCAGGUCAUUAAAGGAGGGAUUUAAAAUGUCCCAUGAUCGGUACCUGAAGGGAGAUCUCACCCUCACCAUCACUGCAGCUGAUGACAGUAAGAGGGGUUUAUACACGUGUUGGUGUGGUGAUGAAGACGUUGCUAAUAUGCAUCUCAGUAUCAAGAUGUGGACAUCAACAGUUCAUAUAAAACUUGGUGAAGAUCUGAAGAUGGAUUUGUACGUGUCAGAGGGAGUGAAGGUGAUCUACAAGGGUAAAGAGAUCUGCAGUGUGGAUAAAAGUUCACUACACUGUACAGAUGAAUACAGACCGAGAACAUCACUCUCUAACACAGUUCUUACACUGAGAGGAGUAAACUUCACUGAUCGUGGACUUUACAUCGUCCGAGACACGGAGAAUAAUGAAGCUCUUCAUACUUACGAAGUAUCAGUAAGAGUAUCUGAAUCAGCUCUCACUGCUGUACACGGGAAGUUUAAUCAGGCUGCUGAUCUGUCCUGUGAAUAUAAAUGUUCUGGUUUGGCCAAAUGGACACUGAUCAGUAAUGGAGAUGAUGUAGUGGCUGAGUGUGAUCAGACAUCCUGCAGGUCAUUAAAGGAGGGAUUUAAAAUGUUCCAUGAUUGGUACCUGAAGGGAAAUCUCACCCUCACCAUCACUGCAGCUGAUUUCAGUAAGAGGAACACGUACAGGUGUUGGUGUGGUGAUGAAGACGUUGCUAAUGUGCGUCUCAGUAUCGAGCUGUUGACAUCAACAGUUCAUAUAAAACCUGGUGAAGAUCUGAAGCUGGAUUUGCACGUGUCAGAGGGAGUGAAGGUGAUCUACAAGGGUGAAGAUUCAGCAGAUCCACAUGGUGAAGAGAUCUGCAGUGUGGAUAAAAGCUCACUACACUGUACAGAUGAAUACAGACCGAGAACAUCACUCUCUAACACAGUUCUUACACUGAGAGGAGUAAAGUCCACUGAUCGUGGACUUUACAUCGUCCGAGACACGGGGAAUAAUGAAGAUCUUCAUACUUACGAAGUAUCAGUAAGAGAGAUACAGUCGAACAGACAGCAGGAGAGCGCUAAACCAGUGUUGUUGUGCUUGUUGUGAAAACAAACUCCGCCCCACCGAAGGAAACCUUGGAACAGCAAGAUGAGCUCAGAACCGACACGGAAUAACAGUGAUAAGAAACCUCUGGAUGAAGAUGGUCUACACCUGGUUGAAUCUGAGACAGCGCUGGACUCACACAAAGAGACUCAGAAAUCUCCAGGCCUCAUUUAUAGAGUUUCCCUCCCAGAAACUGGGAUUUAUAAAGAAAUACUUGGUGUGAAAUUGGGCGUAUAUUUACAGAAGCUUUGCCCCAUGUGUAGAGCCAUCAGUAACAAUUUAGAAACAGCAGGAAUUAGCGACAUGUGGAUGUGUAGAGAAUUACAGCUAAACGUACAAAUCACUGCUUUAUACUUUACACUUGUUACAAGCCACUAAUCUACCUAGCCCCCCUAGUGUCAGGUAAGAAAAAAAAUACAGCCAUAUAAACCGUAAAACCGUUUUAUACUGUAAACCGUACCCUCAGAUUUGUAAUCCAUACCCUCAGAUUUGUAAUCCGUGCCCUCAGACUAUAUAUAUAUAUAUAUAUAUAUAUAUAUAUAUAUAUAUAUAUAAUAGUGGUUAGCACGCUCGCCUCACACCUCCAGGGUCUAUGUUUGAUUCCCGCAGAAGCCAUGCGUGCGGAGUUUGCAUGUUCUCCCUGUCCUCUGGGUACUCCGGUUUCCUCCCCAGUCCAAAGACAUGCAUGGUAGGCUGAUUGGGGUGUCUGUAGUGUAUGAAUGGGUGUGUGUAUGUGAGCCCUGUGAUGGAAUGGGACCCUGUCCAGGGUGUACCCUGCCUUGUGCCCGAUGCUCCCUGGGAUAGGGACGUAGGCUCCAGGUUCCCCUGUGACCCUGAAGAGGGAGUAAGUGCUAGAAGAUGGAUGGAUGUUGCCCAGGUCAUGCACUUUUUAGACGGUCCCUUACUGACUCCAUUACUAUUGUCUGAGGGCACGGAUUACAAAUCUGAUGGUAUGGAUUACACAGGACUGUAUUUUUUUUUUUCUUACCUGAGACUAGGGGGGCUACGUCCUUAUAUUUGGGAUGGGAAGCCUUUCUUUGUGUGUGUGUGUGUGUAUUGUGCCAUAUUUUGUGUGCAGGUCUGAACUCCCUCCCAGAGUUUCCAGCCUGUCUCCAUGCCUCCCAUGAUGACAUCACUGAAUGGUGACUAUAUUUAAAGAGGAAGGGGAGAAGAGAGCGAGGGGGAUGUUGGAGGUUAUUAUGUGUGAUGUUCGUGUUGCUUGUCCUUGUGGUUAUAGUAUUCUGUGUUCUGACUGCUGUUCUGGUUCUGACUUUUGCCUGGUUCUGACUAUGAGUUUGGUCCUCCCUGUACCUGUUUAUAUGUUUCACUCGGGUUACUGACAGUAGAGGUGCGGCUGCCAUUUCUUUUGGGAGACGGAUCCUUCUUGUCUCUGUUUUUGGUUUAGGGAGUUAGGAAAGUACAUUUGAAUUGUUAUGUUUCUUUUAGUUAAACUAAAUCUCUAAAGAAUUAUUUUGUUUAUUUUGGCCUUGGCCCACACUGAAGAUACGCCUGCUGUUGUGUUCUACGUACAGUUGUGUGUAUAUACACUUGCCUGUUUCACAAUAUACCACAACUUCACUGCAA